AUGAAGGACAAAGAGGAAUCUUCUGAAUUUCAGGUAAAGGUAUGGCUUGGAGACGCCGAUCACUACUAUGUUCUGUCUCGGUUCUUAGUCAGCAGAAUGUUAACUGUCACUAAGAUUCCAAAUCAUGUGGCCGUAAAGAUUGCGCUUGAACUCAAGAAGCUUCUAAUUGACAAUAGUCUUCUAGAUGUGUCUCAGUCUGAUUUGGAAACCAGUUUGUUUAAGCUUAUGGCGCGGCGCGGUUAUGGUGAGGAGUACAUUAACCGCUACAAUAUGAUGACAAAAUUUCAUCAUCAGAGAGUACCUCUAGUCAUACUUGUUUGCGGAACAGCUUGUGUUGGGAAGUCCACCAUAGCCACACAACUUGCUCAAAGACUAAAUUUGCCAAACGUCUUACAUACUGACAUGGUAUAUGAGCUGCUUCGCACAGCUACUGAUGCUCCGUUGACGUCAACCCCUGUAUGGACUCGAGAAUUCGGCUCAUCGGAAGAGUUGAUAACAGAAUUCUGUAGAGAAUGCAGAAUUGUUCGGAAAGGACUUGCUGGUGAUUUGAAGAAAGCAAUGAAAGACGGCAAACCAAUUAUAAUUGAGGGAAGACAUUUAGAUCCAAGCAUUUACUUAAUGAAUGAUGAGAAUAAAGCUCCAUCAAAUGAUCCGGAGAAGAGCAGCAAAGAAACAAACUCUUCAGGAGAUCCAGCCUCGGACAGAAAUCCCGAGGCAAGUUCUUCAAACACGAAAGAAACCGAAACUAGUACUGCUGUGAAGCCCUAUUCUGAGGCUGAAGCCACAUCUGUGGAAGCGAUCGACUCAUCAGAAAAAGUUGCACAAUGUAAAAUCGAUGAAGCUGAAAAGAAAAAAAAGUCUGCAGAUGGAAGUGGGAAGACGAAAUCCGGCCCCGAACCCAUAAUCAUAUCUAUUGUUUUAAAGAUGGCUAAAUUUGAUCAUAAGGCUUUGUUAGAGGAAUGGAUCGCUUCCCGUACAACUGGAGAUAAAUAUACAUCUAAGGAGAAAGAUAGACUAAUUACAAACCUAAAGACCAUUGAAGACUACCUUUGUUCCUUCAAUUCACAGGGAGUGACAGUUGUAAAUAUAUCAGCCACCACAUUCCCGCAGACGUUGGAUUGGCUUCACAACUAUCUUCUUCAGCGUAUUGAGGAAGGGAUUCGAUCAGCUGAGAAUGAGACGCAGAAGUGA